AUGGCUGCAACUUUGGUUGGAGGCGCAUUCCUCUCUGCUGCUGUCCAAACCAUGGUUGACAAACUAACUUCAACAGAGUUUCGUGAUUUCAUCAAUAACAAGAAGCUGAAUGUCUCACUCUUGAAGCAGUUACAAACAACUCUGCUGGUUCUUCAAGCUGUGCUGGAUGAUGCCGAGGAGAAGCAGAUCAACAAUCGUGCUGUCAAACAGUGGCUUGAUGACUUGAAAGAUGCAAUCUACGAUGCGGAGGAUCUGCUGAACCGAAUUAGCUAUGAUUCUCUGCGAUGGAAGGUGGAGAAUGACCAAGCUGGAAACAAAACUAAUCAGGUGUGGAACUUCCUUUCAUCUCCUUUUAAAAACAUAUACGGAGAGAUCAAUUCCCAAAUGAAAAUCAUGUGCGAAAGCCUGCACCUUUUUGCACAGCAUAAAGAUAUCCUCGGUUUGCAAACUAAAAGUACUAGAGUUUCUCAUAGAACUCCUUCAAGUUCUGUGGUUAAUGAAUCUGUCGUGGUUGGUAGGAAUGAUGAUAAAAAGACAAUAAUGAACAUGUUGCUAUCAGACAACGGCACUAGCAAUAACAAAAUAGGCGUUGUUGCAAUUUUAGGCAUGGGAGGUGUCGGUAAAACGACACUUGCACAAAUUACUUACAAUCAUGAAAAGGUUCAAGAGCACUUUGAUCUCAAAGCUUGGGCUUGUGUAUCAGAUGAUUUUGAUUUUUUGAGAGUAACCAAAACUCUCCUCGAAUCUGUCACUUCAAAAGCAUGGGAAAGCAAUAAUCUUGAUUUUCUUCGAGUUGAAUUAAAGCAAAAUUUGAGGGGCAAAAGAUUUUUAAUUGUGUUGGAUGACUUAUGGAAUGACAACUAUAAUGAUUGGGAUGAACUUGUAGCUCCAUUGAUUAAUGAAAAAAGUGGAAGUAGGGUGAUCAUCACUACGCGCCAAGAAAAAGUUGCAAUUAUUGCACGCACAUAUCCAAUUCAUAAAUUAGAACCUCUAUCUGAUGAAGACAGUUGGUCGUUACUCUCCAAGCAUGCAUUUGGAGGUGAAGAAUUUUGUGGCACUAAAUGCCCACACCUAGAAACAAUCGGAAGAAGGAUUGCAAUAAAGUGUGGUGGAUUGCCAAUAGCUGCGAAAACAGUUGGGGGUAUUUUGCGUUCAAAGGUAGAUACAACUUACUGGAAAACAAUUUUGAGAAGUGACAUAUGGAAAUUUGAGAAUGAUAAUAUUCUUCCUGCUUUGCUUCUGAGUUAUCAAUACCUUCCCUCUCAUUUAAAAAGGUGUUUUGCCUAUUGUUCAAUUUUUCCGAAGGACUAUGCACUUGAUAGGAAGCAGUUGGUUUUGUUGUGGAUGGCAGAAGGCUUUCUCGAACAUUGUCACGGCGAAGAAGCAAUGGAACAAGUAGGUGAUGAGUACUUUGCUGAACUGUUAUCCAGAUCAUUAAUUCAACAACUUCAUGGUGAUUUUAGAGGACAGAAGUAUGUCAUGCAUGACCUUGUUAAUGAUUUAGCCACAACUGUAUCUGGAAAAAGUUGUUACAGGCUUGAAUAUGGUGGUGGUGAUACCUCUGAAAAUGUUCGCCAUUUAUCAUAUAAUCAAGAACAAUAUGACAUUUUCAAAAAGUUUAAGAUUUUCUUCAAAUUCAAAUGUUUAAGAAGCUUCCUACCUAUUGGUAUAUGGGGGGGAAAUUGUUUAUCUAGUAAGGUGGUUAUUGAUUUGGUACCCACACUUGGAAUGUUGCGUGUGCUAUCACUAUCAAAAUAUAAUAACCUCACCAUGCUGCCAGACUCAAUUGGCAGUUUGGUACAAUUGCGAUAUCUAGACCUGUCUUGUACUGAAAUCACAAGCUUGCCUAACACAAUAUGCAACCUGUACUAUUUGCAAACCUUGAAUUUAUCCCAAUGCUCAAAUAUCACUAAAUUGCCAGAAGAUGUUGGAAAGUUAAUUAAUUUACGUCACCUUGACAUCGAUUUGACGAGCAUAACAGAGAUGCCAAAACAAAUUGCUGAACUAGAAAACCUUCAAACUUUAACUGUUUUUGUAGUAGGCAAGCAAAACAUUGGCUUAAGUGUCCGAGAGCUUGGAAGGUUUCCUAACCUACGAGGGAAAUUGGUCAUCAAGAACCUGCAAAAUGUCAAUGAUGUUGUGGAGGCAUAUGAUACCAACUUGAAGAGCAAAGAACAUAUUGAGGAAUUAACACUACAAUGGGGCAUUGAAAGUGAUGACUCACUUAAAGGGAAAGAAGUGCUUGAUAUGUUACAACCAUCUGUUAACCUAAAGAAACUGAAAAUUGACUUGUAUGGUGGGACAAGUUUUCCAAGUUGGCUGGGAAAUUCUUCAUUUUCUAACAUGGUGUCGCUUUGCAUUAAUAAUUGUGAAUAUUGCAUGACACUUCCACCACUAGGGCAACUACCUUCUCUCAAAGACCUGCAAAUAUCUAAAAUUACGAUUUUGGAGACAAUUGGGCAGGAGUUCUAUGGCAUAGUAAGAGGAGGUUCCAAUUCUUCAUUCCAACCAUUUCCAUCCCUUGAGAAGCUGGUAAUCGAGGAAAUGUCAAAUUGGAAGGAGUGGCUUCCUUUUCAAGACAACUUAAUUCCUUUUCCUCUUCUUAAAAUUCUGAAGUUAUCCACGUGUCCUAAACUUAUGGGACAUUUGCCUAGUCAUCUUCCAUCCUUAGAAGUAAUUGAAAUCCAUGCUUGUGAUAAUCUGUUGGUAACACCAUCAAUUCAGCCUUGGCUCUCCUCAAUAAAAAAAUUUGUUAUUGGGCGAGAUAGCGAUUCUCCAUGUCUUCUGCAAGGUAUAACGAUAGAGAGCUGUCAUAUGCUACUUUCUGUUCCGAAAGUGUUUAUAAAUAACACUUGUCUUCAAGAAUUGGAUCUCCAUGGAAUUCCGUCUCUCACUGCAUUUCCAAAGAAAGGUCUACCCACUUCUCUGCAAUCACUCCGUAUUUGCAAAUGCGACAAUUUAACAUUCCUACCUCCUGAAACAUGGAGAAAUUACACAUCGCUUGUGAAACUCGAGUUAGAGAAUAGUUGUGGUGCACUUACCACCUUUCCAUUGAACUGUUUCCCUAUGCUCCAAAGUCUUGAAAUUUCUGCAUGUAGGAGUUUGGAAUCUAUUUUUAUUUCAGAAACUUCUCCCUCUAGCGUGUCAACGCUAAAAUAUCUUUAUGUCUCUUCAUGUGAGGCACUUAAAUCACUACCUCAACGGAUGGACACCCUCACUGCUCUUGAAAGUAUAACUCUCUUCAAUUUUCCAAAAUUGAAGUUAUCAUUCUUGCAUCAAGCUGUUUUACCUCCCAAUUUACGUAUCAUUGGAGUUAAUUCUGUGAGAAUAACAAAGCCUGUAACAGAUUGGGGUCUCCAAGGCCUCGCUACUCUUUCAAAAAUGCGUAUUGGAGGUGAUGAUAUUGUUAACAUGUUUCUCAAAGAGCGGAAGUUGCCGAUUUCCCUGGUUUCUCUAAACAUAAUGAAUCUCUCUGAAACAAAAUCCUUAGAAGGAAAUGGACUUCGACACCUCUCCUCUGUAGAAUGCCUUUGCUUUUCUGAGUGUUCAGAGCUUGUGUCAUUGCCAGAAAAAUUUUUGCCCUCCUCACUGAAAUCACUUUAUUUUUAUGAGUGUCCGAGACUAGAGUCAUUGCCUGAAGACAGCCUGCCUUCUUCUCUUGAACUACUGCGCAUUGAUGGAUGCCCUUUGUUAGAAGAAAGGUAUAACAGAAAGGAACAUUGGUCCAUCAUUGCUCACAUACCUGUUAUAGAAAUAAAUGAACAAGUUACAUUAUGA